AUGGGUAAGGUUCACGGCUCUCUCGCCCGUGCCGGUAAGGUCAAGGCUGCCACUCCUAAGGUCGAGCCCCAGGAGAAGAAGAAGAACCCCAAGGGUCGCGCCUACAAGCGUGUUCUCUACACCCGCCGUUUCGUCAACGUUACCAUGACCGGUGGCAAGCGCAAGAUGAACCCCAACCCCGGCCAAUAG